CACAGCUGGUCUAUGAUCUCCGAAGCAAGCUGACGGUCGAACGCUAUCAAUGUGAUUUUCGUAAAAUUCUUUCCGAUCUACCGGUCAGAUCGUGAGGUCAAGGCAGGCGUGCGCGAAAUUUCGUUCAGUGCUCGGUUCGUAGUGUUAGUGAGUGCGUUUAGAUGUAUGCAAAACUCGUUAAUCGCGGUGUCACCACGAGGAUUUUUCACUGCCCUGGAUACAAAGGAGUUUCGUGAGGUGCUUCGAGCGUCCUUUCGGCAACGGAAGCACUCGGCCAAAAAUGUCGCCGACGGAGCCGUAAUUCAACGAUCUUGGUAGGAAGGAAGCCGAGGGACGUGAAGAAGUGGCGGACAAGGAAGAAAUGGCGUCCACCAGCGGGCACAAGAGGAACGGCUCGAGCUCGAGCAUGUUCGCCCACAAACGCACCGAGUCCGGCGGCGGUUUUAUCGGCCACAAACGCUCGGAGAGCGGUCACAAACGCGCCGAGAGCAUAUCCAGUGCCUUUGGCCACAAACGAUCCGAGAGUGGCCACAAGAGGAACGAGAGCAGCGGCGGUGGUUUCGGCCACAAAAGGUCCGAGUCUGGCAGCAAUUACCAUGCUGGACAUCGGAGGAACGAAAGCAUGUACGCCAUGACUGGGCUGUACGCCGAGAGCGCGGCGACGGCGACCGAUGAAACCACAGACCCACUGCAGGCAACCGGUAGCAGACUGACUCAUGACACCGUCAUCAGGUGUCACAGUAGAAAUCCCAGUUCUGGCCUCGUGGACCAUAGAGAUUUUAUCAUCAAAUGUCACAGCNNGAAUCCCAGUGCUUCCAUGGUGGACAGGACAGAGAAGGAAAGGGCACAAACUCCACCAUUUAAUCCGGAUUCGAAGGACUGUGGAAUCCUGAGCUGCAGGCCGGCCUUUAUACAAAGAUUCGCUGGAAUAAAGGUGUUUGUGUUCCUCCUGUCGUUUCUCGUCACACUGCAACAAGCACUUAGUUCAGGUUACAUAAAUUCUGUGAUCACGACCAUAGAGAAAAGGUUCGAAAUCCCGUCCAGCCUUUCAGGCGUCAUUGCUAGCUCCUAUGAAAUUGGAAAUGUCAUCACUGUCAUCUUUGUCAGCUAUCUUGGUAGCCGCAGACAUAUACCUGUGUGGAUAGCGAUUGGCGCUGUCAUAAUGGGACUGGGAUCGAUGAUCUUUAUGGUGCCGCACUUCACAGCUGAACCCAAUUUGAUGACGGCUGCGAACAACUCCAGUUCAGACAACAUUUGUCGUGGAGUUUCGUUACGCGAGCAAGACAUGGGAUUGGGUCGUUUAUCGUCUGGAUUAUCAUCUCCACCUUUAGCACCACACAACAAUUUAAGAGGUGAUAAUUGCAUUCAGGGAUCUCCAUCUACUGCUGGUCCUGUUAUGUUAUUUGUACUUGCUCAGUUAUUAUUAGGCUGUGGUGGUUCCCCUUUAUUUACUCUCGGUACUACUUAUAUAGAUGAUCAUGUACGACCAGAAAGUGCUUCUUUAUAUAUUGGUUGUAUGUAUAGUAUGGCAGCUUUUGGACCAGUUUUAGGUUUCCUUCUUGGAGCUUAUCUAUUAUCAUUUCAUAUGGAUUCCUUUUCUGGAACAAUCAUCAGUAUAGAUCCAGGAGAUCACAGAUGGGUGGGCAUGUGGUGGGGUGGAUUCCUACUUUGUGGUUUGCUGCUUAUUCUAGUGGCAAUUCCGUUCUUCAGUUUUCCUAAAACUUUACAACGGGAAAAAGAGAAAAUACGAAUUAUCGAAAAAAAUAAAUCGUCAUCGCAAAAAGAAAAGGAACCAUGCAAAGAGCCAAAAAAGGAAAAACUUGAUGAUAGUGGUUACGGUAAAGAUGUAAAAGAUAUUCCCAGGAGCAUGUGGAGAUUGGUGUGCAAUCCAGUAUACGUCGUAACAUGUUUAGGAGCUUGCAUGGAAUUAGUAAUCGUUUCCGGAUUUGUGGUUUUUCUACCCAAGUAUCUGGAGACUCAAUUCAGCCUGGGAAAAAGUCAAGCCAGUGUAUUCACCGGCUCUAUAGCGAUACCAGGUGCCUGCAUCGGAAUCUUUUUUGGCGGAUGUUUGCUCAAACGUUUAGAAUUAAGACCCAAAGGUGCGGUUCAGUUCGUUCUCGUUUCGAACAUCAUAUGCCUGGUGUGCUAUGGUCUCCUCUUUUUCCUCGGUUGCGACAACGUAAAAAUGGCUGGGACCACUAUACCGUACUUUAACAGCAGCACAAAGGGUCCGGAGCCCUUUCAAGUAAAUCUCACUGCCGCAUGCAACUUUGGUUGCGAAUGUCGAAUGACAGAUGUCGAGCCAGUCUGUGGAAACAACGGUCUCACAUAUUUUAGCCCUUGUCAUGCAGGUUGCACUGCCUUCAGUUCCAAAUCGAAUUUCACUAAUUGUGCAUGUAUACACGGUAACUUAACAAUGUUGGCUCCGGCAGCUCCAGAAUUCGCAGAAGUGACAGUAGUGCCAGUAGCUACAGCUGGUCCAUGCACUUCGCCAUGUAGGACUAUAUUCCCGUUCUUAAUUUUACUUUUUUUUAUGACAUUUAUUGUUGCUAUCACUCAGAUGCCUCUAUUAAUGAUAGUGUUACGAUCAGUCUCAGAAGAAGAAAGAUCAUUUGCUUUAGGCAUGCAGUUUGUAAUCUUUAGGCUGUUCGGUUACAUACCUGCUCCUAUUUUAUUUGGUAAUUUAAUUGAUUCUACGUGCUUACUUUGGAAAAGCACUUGUGGAGAAAAAGGCGGACGAUGUCUACUUUACGACAUUGAACAAUUUAGAUACAGAUAUGUUGGUCUUUGUGCUGGCAUUAAGAUUUUAGCUUUGGCACUGUUCCUCAUUGACUGGUGGUUAGUUAGAAGGAGAAGACAGAUGGAAGAUCAAGCGCCAUCUUUCACCGUUAAUGAAUUCGUAGGGUCAAUUAUCAGCCUUGACAAAUUAUUCGAAGAAAGACCGCAUCAUCACAGCGCGGGAGAAGGAGACGGCACUACGCCGAAUUCCGAAUUACCUACGCCGUCAUCAAUUUCAUCACCCACGGAGCCUACGAAAUCGACAAACCUAGAAGAAACUGGCUCAUCGAAUCAGACACAGGAUUCGACUGAAACAGGGAAUCGUUCGAAAAACGCAUUGGAUGUCGACGUUCCCGAUACAAGGCAAGCGCCACUUGCUAUGGAAGAACCGGAUACAGAAGUCAAACCGUUGACUGGUAAAACGGAUAAACUUGUACGGAACGUUUAAUGUUUAACUCGUAUUAGAGGCUAUGCAAUUGAAUUAUAUCAAAAAGGUGAUAAAGUGAGUCUGUGGCAAAUUGUUUUGAGGUCGCAGGUAAACUAAUACAAUAUAUAGAAAGAAAUAACGUGUACAACAUAUGUGCAUUAUUGAUUUGUGCAAUCCUAAAAAAGUGGUAAAUGGGGGAAAGUGUUAGAAAUGACUUUGAAUAAAAGUGAGAAGGGGUAAUCUGUAUACAUACAUAUAUGGUGCUAAUAUACUUUUUUAAAGAGAUCGAAAGACAAAGAAUUAUCUUAUAUCGUUCCGUAUAUUGUCAGAUACAAAUUUAAAUUCUGUUGAAGAUAUAAGUAAAUUUUACACACACACGCAAUUAUAUAUUCUUGAAUACAGGUGAGUCGAAAAUAUUUUUACAAUGAUUAUAUUUACGUGAAGAAUAUCGUUUAUCGUACGAAAUGAUUUGCCACAGGUUUGUCUCGACGGUUUGGCUAUUUUUAGGAACUAAUAUCACUAGAAUGUACAUUUUUACGGUGAUGCGAUAUAUAUGUCAAUAAAUAGGAAUGUAAUAGGUGAAAAAUGUUUAGGCUCGUUUCAGACAGACAUCUUAUAACUUGAUCUAAAAGAUUUUCUUUGUCUGAAACGAGUUUUUCUUUCCCAAUGGGAAACGAGCCUUGCGCAGUUUAAGGAAAAAGGGAAAAGGAAAAAAAAAAUAGGAAAAAGGAAGAAAGGCCAACAAGGACAAAACUGUAAAUAUAAAAAUUCCUGCCUUAAGAAAUACAAGACUAGACAAACGUAUAUUUAAAGAUAAUUAAUUAAGUGAUAGAGUUAACGAUCUAUAAUGAAUAUCAUUAUAAUUGCAGAUCGAGAGCUGCGAUUUAUUUUAUAACUAGUGGUUAGGCUUUCUCAGAAAUAAAAAAAAAAGUAGUCAAUUUAACGUAGUAAUGUAAAGGAAAAAAAAAA